GAAACUUGAUCCACUCAAACACACACAUCGCCUUCAUCGCAUGCUUCUUCUCCUGCUGCUAUUUCUCUCCUCCCAUGCAUGGCUUCCGCUCUGGUAAACAGCGUCGCCUUCUCACCAUCGCCGUCGCCGCCGCCGCCGGCGGCUAGGACGGAGACGCAUUCCUGGAUAUUAGGUCCUAGGAUCUCCUUCAGCCACGAUGCCGCUGCCGACCCUUCCGCCGCCAUGGCCCCAGCCGAUCAGGACGGCCCCGACUCCUCGGCCGAGGACUUCGAGUUCCACCUCCAAGACGACCCCGUCUCCAUGCUCCCUGCCGACGAGCUCUUCUCCGAGGGCAAGUUGGUUCCUCUCCAGCUCGCGGCUCCGCGAUCGGCGGAGGCCCGCUCGGCCGUGGAGGUCGGUUUGGCGGAUCCGCUCCCGAAGGCAGAGAUAGAUCCGUACGCGUUCUCUCCCCGUGCGCCACGGUGCUCCGCUGGCUGGCGCGAGCUUCUCGGCCUCAAGCGAGCGCGCGCGGCGAAGUCCGCCGGUGUCCAAGUGUUGCAUGGCGGACCGGUGGACGCCGCCGUUCCGAGGAGCGUUAUCCCUAGGUCCGUCAUCAAGCAUUUGCUCCUCCACCGGCAACCCAAGAACGCCUCCAUCGUCGAGUCGAUGAGUCUCCCUCUCCUCCGCGACUCGGAUCACGACUCGACGCCGGUCGCCACCCGUCUCUCCCACUCUUCUUCUUCCUCCUCGGGCCCCGACCACGAGAACCUCGCCAGGCUCUCCAUCGAGUCCGACAAGCCCGGCCCCAUCCCUCCUCGGGUCCGCCUCGCGCGACGGCGCCCCGCCAUGCUGGCGUCUUCGAGAGACGCCCUAGGCCCUAAUCGGCGGACUGCCGAUCCGCCAGCGCAACCGCCACGGGGAGUGUCGGUGGACAGCCCGCGGAUGAGCCCGUCGGGCAAGAUCGUGUUCCAAGGCCUGGAGCGAAGCUCGAGCAGCCCUGGGAGCUUCACUGGAGGCCCGAGGCCGCGACCGCGAGGCGUCGAUAGGUCUUAUUCCGCCAACGUCCGAGUAGCGCCGGUACUAAACGUCCUCCCCGUCGGCUCGCUCCGGGGCUCCAGCAAGACCGUCUCCGUCUUCGGGCAGAAGAAAGAUCGCUACGGCUCCGCGUCGAAACGGGCGGAAUUGACCCGGCGCCACCGGCGUCAGGAUCGGGACCGCCAUGCUUCCCCAAAAAUAAACUAGCACACAAAAAAAUCCCCAAAAAUGAAGAAACUUUUUCCCAAGAUUCUGUUUGAUGUUUCCGAUCUACUCCGUACUUCUUCUCCGGUGUGCGGGGUACAUUAGCGCUCCGCCGCUCUCACGGCUUGGCUAAUCUGCGCCAGUUCAUCUUGAUCGUCAAGCCAGGCGAACGUUAGCGGUCGCCCCCCUCCCCGCCCUCCGGCGACCGGCAUACGUUAGCGCGCAAAGGAAUCGACGAAUCGAAUAUCUGCCCCGUUUGGCCAACCCCCAGCACUCUCUCUCUCUCUCUACCAAUCCGGAUCAGAUGCGCAGCUUAGCCUGUGGUCCUCCAUGUCCGUACUGCUGCACAGCAUCCAUGUGACGUGCCUUCACUUCCAUAAUCAAUCAAACAUACUUUUUCCUCAAUUUCUUCCCUAUUUUUCAUCGCGGUUUAAACAAUCUUAUCCAUCUAAUCUCCAUCUUUUCCAAAAUUCAAUUUUUAACAGGAAAAGGAGGCCGUUUCAGAGCCUAACACAUCGCAGCAGCAGCACUCCCACAGAGCUCGACGGCCGGCGACGUGUUCUGACGUGCUGCCGCUCGAUCACCAGACAAAGGUUCCACUCUAUUAAAAAAACAAUUCCUGAUGCAGUUCUUCCAACAAAGAACGGAGCUUUCCGCGAGCUGGGAGUUGUAGAAAAUCAACCAUGUGAUCGUUCGUUGUACUUGGAUGAUCUUUGUCGAUUGACAGAAGGAACAAGCUUGAGGCAUGUGAGGUGGGACUGGAAGUUGUUCAGAGAUCAACAGGCCAAUCACUGAUCCAUGCAGAUGAACAUGGCUAGAUGAACAAGUUCUAUGAUGAUCCGUGGACAGAGAUGCAAUGUGAGGGCAGACACAUCUUCACAGAUAAAGCUGGGCUCUAAUAGGAGCACUAGAGGAAGAACAGAGUUCUUUGCUUCUUUUCACUCUCUUUGAGUUCAAUGAUGCCACAAAGUAAAUUUCUGGGUUUCAGUGCGGUUAAUCCAAAAUGUCUUCUACUAACAUUAGGAAGAUAUAUCAUGAUUUUUCUUUCUUUAAUUCUACUUUCUACCUACAAAUCAUUGGAGGAAUUCUUCAGCAGAAGCACAAUGUUCAAAAGAAGCCAAGAUCAUUGUUUCAUUUGGCUGAAUAAUUCAUGAGUUGAUAUUUAUUGAUUCAUGUAAUUAUGAUCAAACUAGUUUUUGCUACCAUUUAAUUGUAUUCUCAGGAGCACAUCUGUAAAGUGUAAAUUUGUAUAGUUACAAAAUUCAUUCCACCACUUUGCUGUCA